CACUUGUUCUUCUAUUUGAAGAUUGGGAUCGUAUCUAAAUAUCCAAUAUGGAGUUUGGCCAAAAACCCACCAAAAACAGGAGGAGACAAACAACCAAACCAGAAAUCUGGCCCCGUAGCUAGAAAGCCUAGAAUCCACGAUCCACGGCAUCCAUGAUCCAUCACCGCCGUCCGCCCGUCCGUACCCCACGAAACCGUUCCAAAACCAUUCAGCGGCACAGCCCCCCGCAUAAACUCCCGGCGCAGAGCCGCUCGCCGCCGUCCUCCGUCCCCAAUUCCCACGCGGAACCUCCCAAUUCCGCACCCACCGACCCACCGGCGGCCACCGCCGAUGGAGACCUAACAGUAGAGCCGCUCCUACCCCCAACCCAACCGGGCAGAUCCACCUCCAUGGAGACCGAGCGGAUCCGGGAGCUCAUCCUCCUCACGCUCCGCGCGCCGCACUCCCGCCUCGCCCUCGUGGGUGGCAACCACACCGCCGCCCGCUUCUGCACCCGCUAAGCUCGCCUCCUCACCCUAUCCACGCCGGCCUUCUCUUCACCGCCGUCUCAUACGGCAAGCGCUCUUGCUCAGCUCAACCAAGGCGUCCGCGAUGCCGGCCGACAGCGUCGUGAUCCGUCUCCCCGGCCCGCGCGCCCUCCGCGUGCUCGCGCGCUCCGUGCUCUUCGCCGUCGCGCUGCUCUCCCUGCCCUGGCUCCGCAGUGCCGAGGCGCCCGCCCGAGGCCGCGCCGUCGACACGUGCGCCGCAGCCGCAGCCCAGGCGGAGCUCCUGCUCCGCGACCUUCGCCAGGAGGGCCUGCUCGCCCACGGCGCCCGCGCCGUCGUCCUCGGCGCCGAUGGCGACUGCGAUCCGCCCGCCCCGAAGCAGGACCAGGACAGCGUCCUGCGACCCGUCUCGCUGCGUCGGAUGCUGAUGAUAGGAGACUCGUCAGUGGACUUUCUGCUGGAUUUCGGGUACUUCAGCGAAGACGCUGACAGGUUCGCCUUCGCCGAUCGGGUGCUCAAGCAUGGAGGCAUUCUUGCCGCCCCAAUUGACUCGCUGAGCGCGUUCAGCUUGCCGCAGAACUACCGCGUCAUAUACAUCCAUCGGUUUGCCGAGGCUUUUGUUGGGGUCAAGAAGAUUGCCCCCGCAGACGACGACAACAGCCAUGCCGGCACCAGAACAGAGCUCUCAUCACCUCCUUCCCUGAAGGAUGGGGUGCUUUACAGUCAGCAGGCUGAGACUACCAAUGGUGAAUUCAAGAACAUGGCGAGGAAGCUCUUAUUACUUUCAGACAUCACUGGAAUUCCAGCGGCAUACAAACGUAAAAUGUUGGUGAAGAUGCUCCGUCAGGAUCAGAAGAGUUGAUUCUGCAUCUUUUGUGGAAUGUGAAAAGGCUGGUCCUUGCAGUGGAGUAAGCUGUUCUAGCUUCCCAAUCCCAGGAGAGCAGCAACAGCACAUCAGUUAUGGGCUGAACCGACUGCAUACACAGUGAAUGCAUGGUAGUCAUUGACAAAGUCAGUGAACCAGCAUGAAUAUUCUUAUCAGUUGCAGUCUAGUAAGCUAUGAUUUGUAGUACCUCUUAGCAUCUGGUUUGUUCUUGCUGGGUUUUCUUCUCUUCAGUUGUUGUUUGCUAUACUUCACUUGGUAAUAAGUCUCUCAUCCCAUGUAUGAUGUAUCAUCUGUGCUGAUCUGUGACGUUCAUAGCUGUCUUCGUGUUC